AUUGCUCUGGGAGUCUGCUCAUCUCAUAUUCAAUGCAAUUCUAUGCCGGUUCCAACACCGCUAGUUCCACGGCCAGCCACGGACUGCAUCUAUUCACAGAGUCAUUAUAAUCAUGCGGUCGCCUUCCGCGACGAUUUCUAAUGGCUGUUUUCCGAGUCGUUCUUGUUCGGGCAGCUUACCGAAGGAUAUUAAAUAAAUAAUCCCUGUACGAAUAACCCUGAGAUGACGGAAAACGCGAAAUCUAAUAAAGAGUCUAAUGCCACUCGUCCGGGGUUAUCUUCCCGGAGGCUCGGAACGUCCAGAUUCGGUUCUCGGUCUUCGAGACUUCUCGGUAGCGAUAGCGACUCCACGCCACCCGUCAGUCCGAAAAAGGCGGAGCGCAGGCCGCUGAGGGUGGAAUUUGCGCUGAUGGAGGAUGAGGAAAAAACGGGUAGUGUGAAUUCGGAUACGGAUUUGGAUUUGGCGAGUGUUAAGCAGGGGAAUUCGCGAUUACGGAACCCGAGGUUGAGUUUACUGGGCAAACCUUUGAACUAUCGUCAACACAAAAGGGAUGUGAGAUACAGAAGACUUCAAACGAGGAUUUACAAUUUUUUGGAGCGACCCAAAGCGUGGCUGGCUUGGUGGUACCAUUUAGCCGUGUUUAUGGUUGUCAUCCUGUGCCUUGUGUUAAGUGUUCUUGUGUCAAUCUCGGAGUUCGAACUCAUUCUCAGUCCUAUUUGUUUAUAUUUGGAAGUAGCCAUGUUUCUGUGGAUUGUGGGAGAAUCGUCACUGCGGCUGUGGUCUGCCGGAUGUAGGUCUCGUUACCAAGGUUUCAGCGGAAGAAUGAAAUUUAUGAGAAGACCACAAUGUUUAAUAGACUGUGUAUUACUAAUAGCCACCAUAAUAUCUCUAAUAGCCGGAAGUACUCAAGACAAGUUUGCGGCUGCGUCGAUCAGUGGUCUCCGGUUCUUCCAGAUCCUCCGCAUGGUGCGGAUGGAUCGACGCGGAGGCACAUGGAAGCUGCUCGGUUCCGUCGUCUGGGCGCACAGACAGGUCACAUUAUGCACAGUUGGCUAUGGUGAUGUGGUGCCCACCACCUGGGGAGGAAAAGUCAUAGCCUCGGUGGCACAGAUUAUCUGUAUAUCCUUCUUCGCUCUUCCUGCAGGCAUCCUUGGUUCGGGAUUUGCCUUGAAAGUUCAGCAACAACAACGCCAGAAACAUCUCAACCGACGGCGCAUCCCUGCUGCGCAGCUUAUACAGUGUCUGUGGCGAUGUUACGCCGCUGACGAACAUUCUAUGUCCGUUGCUACGUGGAAACCUCACAUGGUGCCGUGCCCCAGUCCAACAUUCGAACGUCCGUGGAAGAACAACACCUCUUUCGUGAGUCGGUUCAGCACGCGUCGACGUGAUCGGUCGGGCACGAACAAUUCUCAGCGAGACGGCACCUUCAGCAGCAGCAUCAACUCUCCCAUGAUUCCUCGCCAUCUGAACCGGAAGUUCAAUGGCCAACCUCAGGAUGAUGAUGUCCCGGACGCUCUAAACAUGAAUCUUAUUUGUUUGACUGAUUUUCUCCGCAGGAGUCACCUCAGCCUAGCCACCGGUCUACCCGACCAAAGAUCAGUCGAUCAGCUUCCUGUCCGGAAAGAAAAUUCCAUGACUUCCAUUUCAAAAGAGUCAGAAGACGAGCCGGACCUGUCUCCACGCUACCAGCAGUUGACAGAUGUCCACAAAUGCGCCAUCAGGUCACUGCGCAAGAUCCGGUAUUUCGUGGCGCGCCGGAAGUUCCGCGAAGCUCUGCGGCCCUAUGACGUGAAAGACGUCAUAGAACAGUACUCCGCGGGUCACGUGGACAUGCUGGGGAGGGUGAAGAACUUGCAGUGCAGACUUGACCAGAUACUGGGGAAGGCUGGAUCUAAAAACAAAGACGUUUACGAGUCCAAACAAAGUUUGGCUUCCAGGAUAGUUAAGGUUGAAAGAUCGGUUGAAGACAUCGAAUGUAAACUGGACACACUGGUUGACAUGUACCAGGACGAUAGACGCCUACUGUUACAGUACAUCAGCACUCAGAACAGCCAGCCGGACACGCCCAGUGUCGCGAGCAGCCCGCUCAAACCACGCCCCAUUCUCGUGGACAAACUGUUCACAAGCGAGCCAGCCACACCCACCGGAUCCACCCAAAACCCACUAAAGCCUAUGCAACGGAACCUUUCGGAUUUAAGCCAAAGAAUCAAAAAACGAGUGACGUACAGGUGUCUGUCUCUGAACGACCCGCCCCAUAACGUACCCCAUACAAAACACACCCUGUGUCCGCCGGGAUUCGAUUCCGAUAAACUGUGCGUGUCCGGAAAUUCCCCACCAGGGGUGUUGCUUUCCCCGGCUAAGGACCCCCCUGUCAGCUGCCUGAAGCAUUCCAAAACGGACUAUAGCGAGCCGCGCGGAGAGAUGUUGGAGAAUGUCGAUCAGCCCGCGUAUGAAUCUUCUAGAAGUAGCUGUGAAGAUUCGUUAAAGGGAUGUUACUCUGAGACGAUGGAAGAAAGGAAUAUAAGCGAGACGUCGUCGUUGCUGGAGAACAGCGACACGGGUGACGAUGUUGUGUUUUCCUUCCCCUUGGAGGCGGCGAAAGAACCCAAUGGUCUCAAUGCAGACUUCGUGCAACAGACUGAGCCGACAGCUGCAGAUAAAAGUAUUAAAGUUCCCAUUAAUGAGCAUACGUUAGACUUCCAUAUAAAGUGUGAUACAACCAAGGAAAACCACAACAUUUGUUGAUAUUAACAUUUUCCGCUUUUUUUAAUUAAAAAUAUUUAUCGUCAUUAUGUAGCAGUAUUCAUUUCGUAGUAGAAUGGAUUAAUCGACCGAUGUUUAGUGAUUUUCUUGUUUCAUUUCCGUAUAUAUAUAUCCUUAUGGAAAGAAAUAUGGGGACACGUGAAAUUGUAGACCAUCUUGGAAAGAAAUAACGGGACUCAUCAAAUUGUAGACCAUCUUGGAAAGAAAUAACGAGACUCAUUAAAUUGUAGACCAUUUUUAAUAUUCUCUAUAGCGCCGAAAUUUGAUAAAACCGCCAUCCGUUAUCAAGACCGUAUAUCUGCACAAUGCAUAGUCGAAUGGGCAUUUGGUAAAAUAGUGGUUGAUUUCACGAAUCUGUAACUAGUGCCUCGUAUAUAGGCGGACAGCCACUCCCGAGGAGAUAUUAAACUGGAGGUAUCAUCCAUCUUGCACCACCACAAAGAGGACUGCCACUCCCAGUCUAGUUUACUAAAUCAAAACUAGCAUAGGACAGUUUUUCCACACAAAGAUGUGCAGCUGAAUGUCAUUAGUUUAGGCCCAAAAAAGGUUGGUCACUGGUCAGAUCAAAGUUCCAGAAUGGAUGCGGAUUUUUUUUUUUUUUUUUUUUUUUUAAAGUGGGUUUUUUGUUUUGUUUUAAAGCAUGGAUUGCACAGAAAAGGUGGAUAUAUUUGAUACCGAAAUAAGGGACAUAUUUAAAUUGAAAUCAGAAUGCACGUUCUAUUUCAUGCGCGAUGGCAUUUUGGCUCCAAAUACGGUUUUACGUCAUAGCAAGAAAAGCCAGGUAAAAAUUGACGUUAUACCGCGGGAAUUUAUUUUUUUAAAUGUUGACGCGCGAAGGUUAUUUUUAACGCUCGCGCUGACCAGAGACCAGGAACUAAUUUUGUUUGGCCUUAUCGACUUGACUGCCAGUAACACGGUCGACUUCUGACUCUAUGUAUUGACGGUUUGGGCUGCGGUCAGAAUUUGCUGUUAAUAUUAGUGUGAUCUCCUUUUUCUUUACAUCAGUACUGUAGUUAUUUUAAUAUUGUUGUAGUUGAUUUUCAUCGCAUUUCAAGUAUUUGCCGCAAAACCACUUCAUUCACAUUUUACGAAUUUGCUUUAAUCCACUUCAUUCGCAUUUUACGAAUUUGCUUUAAUCCAUUUCAUUCACAUUUUACGAAUUUGCUUUAAUCCACUUCAUUCGCAUUUUACGAUUUUACUUUAAUCCACUUUCAUUCACAUUUCAAGUAUUUGCUUUAACCCUCUUCAUUCGCAUUUGAGAUUAUUGUUAUAAUUACUUUAUUCGCAUUUCUGUUAAUUUACAAUCUUUUGUAAUCCAUUUAAAAUUCGCAUUCACAUACCAGUUUCUUUUACGAGUAGCUAUAGUUGAUUACAUUCGCUUAUCAAGUACUUCACGAAUUGCUAACCCCCAGAGAGAAAAGAGAGGAAGGAAGGAAGGAAAGAAAUGUUUUAUUUAACGACGCACUCAACACAUUUUAUUUACGGUUAUAUGGCGUCAGACAUAUAGUUAAGGACCACACAGAUAUUG